AAGCCACUAACUCUUCUUUUUUAAAGCUCUUCACAGAAUAUGGCCGUCUGGCAAUGGAUGAAAUUUUCCAAAAACCCUUCCAGACACUGAUGUUUUUGAUUCGAGACUGGAGUUUCCCUUAUGAGUAUAACUAUGGACUGCAAGGAGGAAUGGCAUUUUUGGAUAAGCGUUUACAGGUGAAGGAACAUCAACAUGAAGAAAUUCAGAACGUUCGAAAUCAUAUUCACUCAUGUUUCUCGGAUGUUACCUGUUUUCUCUUACCACAUCCAGGGCUCCAGGUGGCCACAAGUCCAGACUUUGAUGGGAAAUUGAAAGAUAUUGCAAGUGAAUUCAAAGAGCAGUUGCAGGCACUGAUACCGUAUGUACUAAACCCAUCUAAGUUAAUGGAAAAGGAGAUCAAUGGCUCCAAAGUCACCUGCCGGGGACUGUUGGAAUAUUUUAAGGCAUAUAUUAAAAUUUACCAAGGAGAAGAUCUGCCUCACCCAAAAUCCAUGCUUCAGGCCACUGCUGAAGCCAACAAUUUGGCAGCUGCAGCCUCUGCCAAAGAUAUUUAUUACAACAACAUGGAGGAGGUUUGUGGGGGAGAGAAACCUUAUUUGUCUCCAGACAUUUUAGAAGAGAAGCACCAAGAAUUCAGACAACUCUCUUUGGACCACUUUAAGAAGACCAAAAAGAUGGGCGGGAAGGAUUUCAGCUUCCGUUACCAGCAGGAGCUGGAGGAGGAAAUCAAGGGACUGUAUGAGAACUUCUGCAAACACAAUGGCAGCAAGAAUGUCUUCAGCACCUUCCGGACCCCUGCAGUCCUGUUCACAGUCAUAGCAGCGAUGUACAUAGCCUCGGGCUUCAGUGGCUUCAUUGGGCUGGAGGUUGUGGCUCAGCUGUUCAACUGUCUGGUUGGACUGCUGUUAAUAGCACUCCUCACCUGGGGCUACGUCAGGUAUUCCGGUCAGUAUCGUGAGCUGGGUGGAGCUAUUGACUCUGGUGCAGCAUAUGUGUUAGAGCAGGCUUCUUCUCAUUUUGGUAAUUCUACUCAGGCUGCAGUGAGGGAUGCCAUCGCUGGGAGACCACCUACGGAUAAAAAGGCUCAAUAGCGUCUUAACGGCAAGAUUCAACAAAAGCCUAGUCAGUACCUGCAUUUCUGCUAAUGCCAUCGUGGGUUCAGUUCCAGAGGAAUGGCAGAUCUGAGAGCAUCCUGGAAGAGCUGAGACAGGGCACCAUAAUAAAUGAACUGACCUCUCCUAUGGUUUCCGAUUCCACUUGUCUUGGAAGCAUUUCUUUUUCUUGCUGUUACAGAUCCAAGGCUAUUCUCUUCUCUCUUUGCUUUGUGCACUUUAAAGGGUUGGGGGGGGGGCCAAAAGGAAAACAUGGAAAUGCAGCUUUUAAAGUCUUUGAUGUGCCACAUAGUGCCUUUUAGGUCCGUUCCUCUGCCAUCCAGGAAGGCUGAGGAAUGGAGGACAACCUCAUGAAGUACAGUUUUGGAUCAAGUUCUCUUGGAUUUUGGAUUUCAGUUCUUUUGUACCUUUGAGAUUUGUUUUUCAAAAGUUUAUACAACUUGAAAAAGGCUCCGAACUGAAGGCCAACUGAAAUGAUACUUAUUACACUUAAACAAUUUCCCCUAGUUCUGGUGAUUGAACCUAGCACCUGACAGGCUAUGCAAUUGUUCUACCCUGGAGCUGUCCCUGCCGGCUUGACUGUGCAGUCUCGGGUCUUGAGAUUACUUUGUUCCCAGGUUGGCUGUGAGCUUCUAUCUUCUUCCUUCCUCUCUAGCUUCUUAAGUAGCUUGACUACAGACCUGUGCUACUUUGGUUCAAAACCUUAUUUAUAUGAAUUACCUUUGCUAUGCAGCAUGGAAAAAAUUAAAUCAUUUAAUAUUCUGUGUUGGAGAAUAUAUUUUUAUUCCUAUAGCUUCUUUCUAGAAAAGAGGCAAACAGUUCUUUAAAAAAAAAAAACAACAGUGGUUAAUAAAAGGAAUGAGCUAGA